GGUGACGUCACCCGCGGCUGGGAGGCGGCGCUUGAGUGUCGGGGUCGCCGCCGGGGCUGCUCGCCUUGUUCCGCCGCUUGCGCGCUCGCCGGGGGCCGCCGCGGGAGCAGGGUAAAAGGAUGGCGUUUGUGAAGAGUGGGUGGUUGCUGCGACAGAGUACUAUUUUGAAGCGCUGGAAGAAGAAUUGGUUUGACCUGUGGUCAGAUGGGCACCUGAUCUACUACGAUGACCAGAGUCGGCAGAGUGUUGAGGAUAAGGUCCACAUGCCCGUGGACUGCAUCAACAUCCGCACGGGGCGCGAGUGCCGGGAUGUGCAGCCUCCGGAUGGGAAGUCAAAAGACUGCAUGUUGCAGAUCGUUUGCCGAGAUGGGAAAACCAUCAGCCUUUGCGCGGAAAGCACGGAUGAUUGUUUGGCCUGGAAAUUCACACUCCAGGAUUCCAGGACAAAUACGACCUACGUUGGCUCCGAGGUGAUGUACGACGAGACGAUCGUGGCUGCCUCCCCACCUCCCUACUCGGCGUACGCCACUCCGACCCCCGAGCAGGCCUACGGCUACGGCCCGUACGGUGGCGCCUACCCGCCGGGAACUCAGGUCGUCUACACCCCGCACGGGCAGGCGUAUGCUGUCCCCUACCAGUACCAGUAUGCAGGCGUGUAUGCCCAGCAGCCCGCCAACCACGUCAUCAUCCGCGAGCGCUACCGGGACAGUGACGGCGACCUGGCCCUGGGCAUGCUGGCGGGCGCGGCCACGGGCAUGGCCCUGGGCUCUCUGUUCUGGGUCUUCUAGAUGCUCCUCGUUCCCGCCCCCCCUACACUGCAUAGCUCCUGAGACCGUGUGCAAUAACGUGACCUGCCAGGUGUUUCCGAUACAUACUUCACGCCGUAGUGAGCAGUUCUGAGAGUAGCGCCAUCGCAGUCAUGGCUCACCCGAGCACUUCCCACCCCGCGGCUGAGACCGGAGGCCCGGGGGCCCUGACUCCUCCUUUCCUUGUGCAGUUCCCAUGGGAACAGCCACAUCUUUCAAGGCACUUUUUUGUCUGUUUGUUUAGAGUUAGACAUAGAGCUGAGGGAUCCUUUAAGUAUUUGGUGAUAGCACUGAGUGAUUACGGCAAGAAAAAUGAGAAUUUCUUUCAGCUCAGCAGCACUUUCUCCGAGCAGAGCUGACUCUUGCUUCCGGGCGGGCAGUUCCCAGGGCGCGUUGUCGCAGCCUCUGGAAUCUGUUGGCCUAAACAAGGCUGCUGCUCAGGGGCAGCCAGGGGAGGGGGGGUCCCCUCCUGUACGGCACACUUGUUUUUUUUUUUUUCCUUGAUUCCUUUUGAUCCUUGGGAAAAGCCCCAACUGAGGAGUUUAUUUGAGCCGCAAACUAGGACCUUACCCUUUAAAAACCUCUAAUUGUUCCAGUUUUAUGUCCUGCACAUUUCAAAAAACAGGUCUUUGCAGUGGCCGGUGGGCACAGUGAGGGUUCCCGUCUCCAUACUCCACGUGGCCCCACCAGCAGGUUUUUGAUUAUGUCAGUUACUGGUGCGCCAGCUCCGUCUCUGGCAGGCUUAGGCAGUCCUAAAUGAAGCCUGAAGCUAAAUAAACAGGCCCAUUUUUCUGGUCGGUUCUGGUGUGGGCUCCUUGAUGCUUAAGAGUUUUUCCAGUCGAAAGGAUGUAUCCUUAACUGUCAUCUCCUUGGUUAAUUCACAUGACGGAAAAUUGCCAGAUGUCAUACAGUCCAACACAGGGUUUGAAAUGUUGCUUUUAGCCUUUAGAAUUUCACAGCUCCUGUAAUGAAAAUGGCUUUGUUUGUAACCAUUAAAUCUGUCUGCUCUACUCAAAACAUUAAAUAUUUGUUAAUGUGGCAUUGGGGCUUCGGUUUUGAUUUUGGAUUUCCUCUAACUACCAAGAACCGAGUUCUGUCACUGAAAAGCCCUUGAAGCAAAGCCUCACCUGUGCCCCAUGUGCUGCCCUCCGACCCGAUGGACCCGUGUUCCUGUAUCCAGGUCCUGUCCCACUGGGCAGCCUUAAUUGAGUCGGGAAAUUCAGUGUCACUCAGGGUGUCAUCCGGAUACAGAACAGACAGGAAGAUGGCCUUGGGUGUAAUGGUUGGCUGGCUCGAGUGAGAAACAACUGGUUUCAUCUUCCUGGCCCUGGCUUCCAUGGUGCCUAACCAGCCUUCCGAGAACCUCGUUCUAAAUUAAUGGGUGAGCAGGAAGGACUCGUUGAGGUUGGAGUCAGCAUUUCAGCUCCACGUGUGCUUUUAAACAGUGCUCCCGGAGAAGUGCACCAUUGGUAUCAUGCACAAGCGGAUGUGGUGGAGUUUUGAGUUCUGCUCUUGGAAGCCCUCGGGCCAAGGGAGUGGGGACACCCGUGGAAAUGUCCCCCGUCCUUUGUGAAGCGAGCAAGGCCUGGGGCCCAGGAUCUGGAUACAGAACAUUCUUGCAGUUGCAUCUGCCCGUUUGUUUUCUACGUCAGCUGUCACCCUGGGAAGCCUCUCUCCUUCCUGAGUGGACUUAGUCACGGAACACAGUUCUGUUCUUUUUCAAAGCUGAGCUACUCUGGUUACAGCAGUGUUCACCUUGGGUAUAGAGUCUUUGCACCUUACCGCCUCUUGAGGCACUUCCGUUUUCUCCCCCUAGAAUUGACCGUUUUUCUGAUUGCUUUCUUGUCUCUCGUAUUCUGUCUUGUCCAUAGAACUUAUUUUUCCCUGUAUAUGCAAAUUGUACAUUUAUAAGGAAAAUCUUAAUACAAUAAAUGAUUGUUAACCCGAAA